CUUCUUCCCCUGUCAUUCUCAAUCUUUCACUUUUAGCUUUCAUCUCUCUUAGCUCCAUUUUUAGCACGGAUCAAAGGUAAAGUAAGUUGAGGAGCCAGCCAUGGCAGCUCCUGUUCCCAUUUCCCAUUUUGCCCCGCUCAUCCUACUCUCUUUCAUCUUCCUUUCCACCUGCCACCUCCCCAUUCUUGCCACCAACAUCACCAGCCUCAUCUCCGCCUACUCCAAUCUCACCGACUUCACCCACCAGCUCGACGCCACCAGCAUCGCCGCCGAUCUCUCCAAGCGGUCCUCCCUCACCAUCCUCGCCGUCCCCAACGACUUCCUCCACGUCUCCUCUGCCUCCAAUAUCAGCGACGCCCUUCGCUACCAUGUCCUCCUCGAAUACAUCUCCUGGGAUGCUCUCAGGACCAUACCGCCGGAGGGUAAAGUCGUCGCCACUCUGUUUCAGACCACCGGCCGUGCCCCCGGAAUCUUAGGGGCAGUCAAUAUCACAUGGGAUCCGGUAACCAAUAAGAGUACCGUCCAUUUAGAAAGCUCCAACGCCAUUAUUCUUGACAAAAUCGCGGAUGUUCCGUUUAACAUCUCAAUCUUAUCCGUGAGCUCUCUUCUCGUACCUUCCGGAAUAGAUCUCAUGGCAUCGGAGACCCGGCCGUCUCCCGGGAUCAGCAUCACCAAGGCCCUCAUCGACGGCCACGGAUUCAACGUCGCCGCCUCGAUGCUCACGGCUUCCGGCGUAGAAGAGGAAUUCGAGAGAGACGAGAGCGGCGCCGGCCUCACGCUCUUCAUCCCAACAGACGAGGCAUUCGCGGAUCUGCCGAAUUCGGUGGGAUUCCAAUCGCUGCCGGCCGAUCAAAAGGCGUCCGUCCUCAGAUUCCACGUCCUCCACUCCUACUACCCGCUGGGUUCGCUGGAGAAGGUCGUGAACCCGAUUCAGCCUACUCUGGAGACUGAAAAGAACUGGGCAGGGAGUUUCACCCUAAACAUUUCCAAAAUCAACGGAUCGUUGACGAUCGGCACCGGAAACGUGGUGGCGUCGGUGACUCAGACGGUGUUUGACCAAAACCCGGUGGCUAUUUUCGGAAUUUCGCAAGUACUGUUACCCGUAGAGAUCUUCGGGAAGAACAGGCUCGUAGUGAAUACAUCUGGUGGUGGGGGUGUGCCAGAUCGGCCGCCUGUCAGUUCUCUCUCGCCGGUAAAUUCCCCGUCCGGGAAUUUCUCCUCUUCGCCGCCAGGGUCUCUCCAAGACGUCGCAUCCUCGGCGACCAAUGGCGGCAUCGCAAGAAAAUUCUGGAUUGUGUGGUGGUGUAUAGGGUUUCAUCUACUGGUAAUCAGUAAUUAUUACUGUAUUAUUAUUAAUUACAGUUUAUAAUUUUUUAUUUUUUAUUCUUGAAUUGUUUUGAAAUGGAGAAUGGAGAUGAAAGAAAAAUGAUCAUUUUAAAGCGGUAAUACUUGGAAGAUAUAUGCUUUUUCUGAGAAGAUAGAUUUUGGAGUGUUAUUUUAGUAUUGGAUUUCCAUUGCUAUUGUUGGUAUCCUAUCUUGUACAGAUUGAUAUUUUAUCAUGAAACUCUAUUCAAAUGGAGUAAAAAUAUGAAUAAUUACAAGAGUUCGUGAGAAGUGUUGGUCUGAUACUCUGAUCUGAUGUACAGUAAAUAAAUGCUUCUAAAAAUCUUUU